AUGUCACGAAAAACAUCCGCAACACCAAAUUUUUCACUUGAUCCGGAUUUGUUACGCGAAUUAAACGCGCGAUAUUUACACGAUAUUAAUUCCACUCGAACGGCACCUGGAACGACAAACUUACCUUUAGAUGGAAAUGGACUUCCAGCUUUUCUCUUACCCCCAUUCCUUCGUGCCGAACAUUAUCAUCAACAUACACACACACAUGAACAUAAUUUAAACAUUUUAACACCAUCGAAUAAUUCGUUAAUAAACGGAACUAUUAAUAAUUCAUUAAUAGACAAAUUAUCCAAAUCAGACAACGGGCUUUCACCAUUUUUGCGAACGAAUAAUUUCUCUUUGCCACCACCUCCGCCAAUCUUUCCACCAUUCAAUUCAGCUAAUAAUAAUAAUAAUAAUAAUAAUAACAAUUCAUCAACGAAAGAACUCGUGUCAUCACCAUCAUCAGAAAAAUCGGAUAAAUGGUGUGCAGCACAUGUGAGAAUAUCAUGGAUGAUUUAUCAUCAACAACAACGUUCGAAAGAAAAAUUAUCUCCAUCAGAUAAUAAAAAAGACGAAGAACAACAAAAAUCUUCAUUAAAUACAAAAUUACCUGAUUUAAUCACAAAUACAAAGCCGCUUUUACCAUCAGCAACUAAUGACCUACCUCUUCAAUUACCUUCGACGUAUCAAUCACCACUUUUACCUCCGCCAGCAUUCAAUUAUCGAUCGCCAUUUGAUUUUGCUGGUUUCAACAACAACGGACCAUUUGGUCGUGUUCCUCCAUCAUCAUCGUCGUCGUCGUCGUCAACAACUGCAUUCGGUGGCCUGGGGUCUUUAUUUCCUUCAACACCGCUCCCACCUCGUCCUCCUUCGUCUUCCUUGACGAUUGAUCGAAAACCAGAUAUGAAUGGGCCAGUAGCCGCAGCUGCUGCUCUUGGUCUUGAUUGGUCACGAUUUCAUCGUGGCUUGGGACCAGCACCAAUGAUUCCACCUAUGCCAUCUCUUUCAUCCAUAAAUGAGAAUUCAUCAUCGAAGAAACUCGAUGACACAUCUAAUAGUAAUUACGACAAUAAAAAACGUUCAUCAUCUGUUCUUAAUAAUGACGAUGAUCGUCGAUCUUCUUCUCAUUUAAUGCUUCCCCCAGCACAUUUAGCAAAUGCCAAUUAUUCUUCAUCAUCGAAUCGUUCUCGUUCUCGUUCACCUCAUCCAUCAGUUCAUCAUCAACAUCAUCAUCACUCGUCGAAUUUCUUAACUAAAACUUCCUCAUCUUCUCCACCAUCACAUUCAUCUUCACGGAAACGUCAUUCACCUACUAUAAAAUCGGCAAAUAUCUCAGAUACGUCGAAGUCAUCCUCAUCAGGUUUACCUUCACUUCCUCUUCCACCAACCUUCGGUGCUCUAGACCCAUUGACGUUAUCAAUGAUCGAGCGACAACGUUUAUCUGCUGCUUACGCAUCUCUAUUUAACGCCGCAGCAAAUUCCUCCUCAAAUAAUUUUUUUCCGCCAAAUCUCGAUUCACCGACAUUUCGUCCGAAUGGUUCACCGAAUCUUUUUCCAAAUCUCGAUUCGUCGGCAAUGACUGCUGCACUAAUGCAGCGCGAACAUUUUCUCAAUUCAAUUCGACAACAGCAUGAACAGAUCAAUGGACGCGAACGCGCUGCUCUUGCUUCAAUGAGUAAAACAUUGAAAUCUUCGUCAAAAUCUGAACAAAUCACAACUGAUGAAACACCUCGAAUCAGUCCGAAAGUAUCGACAUCACCUGGAUCUCAUUCGUCAACUUCGUCUUCAUCGAGAUCAUCGAAAAAAGUUAAACGAGAAAAAGAUUCGCCUUCGCCUCCGACCGAAAAUAUCGAAACGAAAUUGAAAGAAUCAACUUCUUCAGCAUAG